GCGAAACCCAACCACUGGUUGACAAAGUCCGCCUCGCCUCACGCCACCCCCGGAUCCUCUGCGCCUCUCCACCACGAGACCUUCGUUCUCUGACGAGUGACGAGACGCACGACUUCGGUGCAGAGGAUCCCAUUACCGCCAUCACGCCUAGCCGCCUCGUGUCUCUGCUCACCUUCAAAUACGGAGGGCGUUCGCGAACGCUUCCCUCCAGCUCGCCUCUGCCUACUCCUCCCAGUCUCAUCUCGUGCUCCUCUCAGCUCUCGUCGUCGUCGGCCAAGAAACGUGUUCCGGGAACCGGGGGUCGACAUGUCGUCGUCUUCUUCGUCGCCGUUGCCGCCAGCGGGCGCGCAGGUGUUGUCGGGCGGCGGCGGGGGGCAGCAGCAGCUGGUCGUCAGCAACGGGGUCCUGCUCGCGGCAGUCAUCUUCCUCUUCAUGGUUGUGGUGUUCGUCUCCCUGCUCUACCUCUACGCGAAGCGCUACCUCGUCUCCAACCCGCUCCUCGCGCCGUCCACGCCCUCCUCGCGGCUCCUCUUCGUCGACGCGUCCCCGAUCCCGCACCGCGGGCUCCCGGCCUCCGUCCUGCGGGCGCUGCCCGUCACGGUCUACGGCGGCGGUUCUCCCAGCGGCGGCAAGGAGGCGCUCGAGUGCGCGGUGUGCCUGUCCGAGGUGGCCGACGGCGAGAAGGUGCGGACGCUGCCCAAGUGCGGCCACGGGUUCCACGUCGAGUGCAUCGACAUGUGGUUCCACUCCCACGACACGUGCCCCCUCUGCCGCGCGCCCAUUGGCGCCGGCGAGCUCGACGCUCUGCCGCGGGAGGAGCCCGUGGCGGUGGAGUUCCCCGUGUUCCCCACCAACGUCCUCUUUUGGGGCACCCACGACGAGGUCACCAACGCCGGCCUUGCGAUGCCGACGCCACCCAUCGCCGACGCCUCCACGAGCUCCUCGGGCUCCGUCCGCAGGAAGGAGAACCUGGUGAUCGACAUCCCGACGCGUUCCGUGGCCGUUAACUCGCCCAUAACUUCGUCCUCUACCACGACACCGCUGACGGCGAGCAGGAUGCCCGGAAGCAACGACGAGAUGAGGUCGCCGAUGUCGACCCGGCUGCAGUCGCUGCGCCGUCUGCUGAGCAGGGGCAAACAGGCCAUCGUGGGCACGUCCUACAGCCCGCGUGGCACCGGUGACAUCGAGCAGGGGUUCACCGGAGCUGAGGCCGCCCGCCCAUCCAAUACGCCAAAGACGCCUCCGUCGGCAAACUGAUUCAGAAUUCCGAGCUCCGGGACGCAUUUGGCUCGCCUCGCCGAUCACCAGAGCGCACACAUAUGUUCAUUCUUUCUUUCCCUUUCUUUUUGACUUAAAAAUGGAAUUUUUGGAAGGAAAAAAUUCUGAUGUAAAGUGUACACAUAGUAAAACAUUGGUGUUGAUUGGUUCAUGAUGUUGGGGAUGAAUGAAAACGAAUUUGUUCAUAUGUUCA